AUGUCUUUAAGAGAAUCAAGGAAAUGGAUGUAUAACAAGAAUUUGCCCGGUUCUGGUGCCCUAAAUGAUGAAUUUAUUGCGGGUGUAACUGAAUUCAUUAAAUAUGCAAGUUCACAACCUGAGCAAAUGGAUGGGUCGUUAAUAAGGUGCCCAUGUAAGAAGUGUGAUAAUUUGAAAUUUUUUAGCCCGGAUGAAGUGAUGCUUCACCUUUGUCGCAAAGGAUUCACAUCCAAUUAUUUCAACUGGACAUGUCAUGGAGAGAAAAUGUGGCAUGAAGAAGAAGAAUUUGUGGUUAAUCAAUUGCCACAACAAACUAAUUGGUGGGAUCAAGGAUUUAGAAAUUUUGAAGACACAGGUUGUAGCUUUGCUGCACAUUCGGACUUUGAUGAUGAUGCUAGUAAUUAUUAUCAUGAAAAUCCAUAUGUACUGCAUGAUGAAGCUGGCCCAAGUAUACAAGAACCACGUGAAGAUGCAAAACCAUAUGUUGAUGAGUUAUCUCUGGUUGCUAAAAUGCUAAGCAUGAAGUUUGAAUACAACCAAUCUGUGAAUCACUUUAAUGAGAAUGCUAGAGUGUUUAAGAACUCACUGGCUCGUGAAAACACAUUGCCUGAUGAUUUUUAUGGUUAUAAAAGGUUACUACGUGACUUGGGUCUGCCUGUGGUAAAAAUUGAUGCUUGUAGAGAUGGAUGCAUGUUGUUUUGGAAAAGUGAUGAACAAGAGCAAUUUUGUAAGUUUUGUAAGUUGCCAAGGUAUAAGCAAAGGGAAGGGACACUUAAUAACCCUAUGCAUAAAAAGGUUGUAUAUGCUAUAUUGAGGUACUUGCCAUUAACUCCAAGGUUGCAGAGAUUAUAUGCUUCAAAGGUAACAGCACCGCAUAUGACAUGGCAUGCUACUCAUGAAACAACUCAAGGGGUCAUGUGUCAUCCUUCUGAUGCAGAGGCAUGGAAACAUUUUGAUAGAACUCAUCCCCUAUUUGCUUCAGAACCUCGUAACAUUCGGUUAGGCCUUUCUGCUGAUGGGUUUUCCCCUCACAGUCAAUAUGGGCAAGCUUAUUCAUGUUGGCCAGUUAUUGCUACACCUUACAAUCUUCCUCCAGGGAUGUGCAUGAAGAACCCUUAUAUGUUUUUAUCUUUAAUCUGUCCAGGGCCUAAAAAUCCGAAGAAGAAUAUAGAUGUCUUUUUACAACCCUUGAUUGAGGAGUUGGAGCAUUUGUGGGAGGUUGGUGUUGAAACUUAUGAUAUCAACUUAGGUAAAAAGUUUAACAUGAGAGCUGCACUUUUGUGGACCAUUAAUGAUUUUCCUGCUUAUGGAAUGCUUUCUGGAUGGAGUACCUCUGGUUUGCUUGGGUGCCUGAUAUGCAUGGAGAAGUCUAAAGCUUUCUAUCUACAUCAUGGUAAAAAAGUCAGCUACCUCGAUCGUCACAGGCAAUUUUUACCAAUGAAUCAUUCAUAUAGAAGGGAUAAGUCAGCUUUCAUUCAAGGUAGAGCAGAGAUGAGUCGUCCACCUCCAAAAUUGACAGGAGAUGAGAUUUGGAACCGUGUGUCACAAUAUAAAACUGUCAUUGAGGAUCCUUGA